AUGGAAACAUCUAGCGCCUCUUCUCAACAUGACAACGUUGAACUACCAAAUUUUGCCCCUAACUUGUUCGGCGAACCUCCAUCUAAGUCCGUUAAGAGAUUUGCAAAUUUAAGCGAGCACGAGUUGAAUAAUAAGGUUGAACAAAGACAUUCAGAGAAGACGGAAAAGACAACGAAAUGGUCUGUUUCAACUUUUCGAGGUAAGCCAUCUAUGGUAACAAUUCGACAAUGUUUUCCAGCAAUUUUGUGACAUACAACUUAAUUGGUAAGUGGUAAAGCUAGAGGUGAAAACUAAUUUUCUCCCGUCGAAAGCCAUUUAAAUGUCAGCGAGCAAAACUCCUGCAUUAACUUUUAUCGGCUGCAUGAAUUGAGGGUAAGAAAAGUAACACUUUUUUUAUUUAAAUUCUUGUUGAAAAAAAAUAGACGAUUUUCUUUUUAAGAUUAAAUUUAAUGUUUUUUAUCAUAAGAUUGACAGGCUAUAACAGCAAAAAAUUGCGCGAUCAUUAAACUAAACUGUAAAAACUGCUUCACUGAGUGACUACUCAAUACACAAACAAUGACAUACGGCUUAUAUUUCCACAUUUUCAGUCUUCUGUUUUUGUAGAUUCGUUUAAAAAACAUGAUGAAUUUCAGCUUGGUGUUCAGAGAAAGCAAUACAAACACCGAUUUAA